CAAGGACCACUGCACAGUGCAACCAUGUCGAGAUCCUUCUACGUUGAUUCCUUGAUAUUCAAAGACACGGCAAGACCCACGCCUUUGAACGAGCAUCCAGGACAAGAGUUUCUAAUUCCUAUCAGCAUGCAUUCUCCUAGCGUAAUGUCCGUAUCUGCUCCAGCGUGCUCUUCCAGGAAAAGUGGCACUUUCUGCGUCUGUCCUCUCUGUGUCACCUCUCACAUCCACUCCCCACGGAAUAGCAUCCCAAUGCUGAAGAGUCCGUUUCCAACCGGGGAGCCCCAGUACUGUCAAAGAAUGAGCCAUCAGCAGAGUCCGGCUCUGGGGCACCCAGGACAUGCACCUGUCUGCACACCUACUUACAGCGUCACAGAUCCGAGGAGGUACCACUGCCUGUCAUUAGGUGCAUCAGAAAAUAACCACAUCCAGAACGGCAAAAGAAUGAGAACGGCUUUCACCAGCACGCAGCUUUUGGAGUUAGAGAGGGAGUUCUCUUCUAACAUGUACCUGUCCCGCUUGAGAAGAAUUGAAAUUGCCACCUAUUUAAACCUCUCUGAGAAACAGGUAAAGAUCUGGUUUCAGAACCGCAGAGUAAAACACAAGAAAGAAGGCAAAGGAACACAGAGGAAUUCGCACAACGGAUGCAAGUGCACCAGUAAUCACGGCCAUUACUCUAGAUCUGAGGACGAGGAGUCUUUAUCCCCAGCAUCAGCUACCGAGGAAAAGGACAUAUCACCUAUUUAAAUGGGUUAGGUCAGUGCGAAACGUUUAAAGACCUACACCUUACCACUGAUUUCAUGCACUUAUCCUCCUCCGAAAGAAUGAGAAUAAAGCUCUUGUGGGCAUGCCUACUGAAAUACCUUUAUUCAGUAUCUGUUUAUAGCCUAAUCUGUAUCGUCUGAUAUAUCUUAAGGAAUGUAAAUAUGUAUUGCUGAAAGAGUAUUAAAGCUGUAACAGUGUAAACAA